UGCAAAGUAUCUCAACGGCCCAAAAUGAGCUCCUCCUCACCGCAAAUCCAAAGCAUAUUCUCCUCAAUACCUUAUUCCCCUUUUUAACAAGCCAUCCUUCAAUCAAACAUUUUAGAGAGAGAAACAGAGAGAAAUGGGUAGAGCCACAAAAGAGAAGAAAACAGCGAGAGCCGAAGUGUACUACGGAGACGAAACAUGCAGAGAAAAAUCGACGAUGUUGCUAACAGAGAUGGGUUUGCCGAAUUGGCUAAUACCAUUCGACGAAGACAUAAAGGAAUUCGGGUACGUGAUCGAGACAGGGUUCGUGUGGCUGAAACAAAGAAAUCGGAGAGAAUACAGGAUAGAGGAAGUUGAAGGGAAGGUGCUUGUAUAUGACUCGGAAAUCACAGCCUAUGUUGAACCCAAGAAGAUCAAGAAGCUAACUGGUGUGAAGACCAAAGAGCUUUUCGUUUGGAUCACUUUGAGUGAAAUUCUUGUGGAUGGCUCUACGGGGACUAUCACCGUCAAGACUCCCAGUGGCCUCUCCAGCUGUGGAAAUGGAUGCCCUGAAGGAAACAGUUUCCAGAUGAUGGGGGUUUGUUAUGGUUCUACUUUUCUAGAGCGUUUAGUCGGUGGAUUCCGAAGAUUUGAGCUUGGAGGUUUUGAAGGAGUUUGAAACUGCUCAUCGUUGUAGACUCGACUUGAGUGUUGUGGAUUCAACAUUGUGCUAAUCAAUUCCGAGACGAAGGUGUUGUUGAAAGAAGCACAAGAGAUAGAAGACAAUUCCUGAGCAUGUUGGGUAAUUGUUUGUACUCUUGUGUAUUUUCAUUAUCUUCAUAAUUGAUUGAUUAGUGACUUUUAGCCCGUGAUUUUCAAUCACAUUGGAAGUGCUCCAAUUGUAAUUUCACGUUAACAUCUUUUGUGUCGAUUUAUUAAUUAUGAUACAAUAAUCUAAAUUGCUUUCGUACGUGUUACAUGA